AUGAAACCCUUAGAAAUCCUUUGGGAUAAUUACCUUUCUCGUGAGCACACUUUGCUGUGCUACGGUAGCUGUAUUGCGUUGAGGUACUCCAUUCUGCACGCUGGUCGAUUGAUGCACUUUCUGGAACAGCCACCACCAAGCUGGAAGGUACGAAUUUAAGAGUCGGAACUACUGGAGAUUUCGCCUAGCUAUCAAACGGAAAAAUGUAUAUUUUUCAAAUACUUUUCUGUUUUCAGGAUCCAGAGAGUUGCGGUCGAGCAGCGCUGACAGUUGUGGCUGAGAUUCAGCGGGGACUAAAGAGAUGGUUGAGUCAGGUGGGGAUGAUGAGAUGAGAAACUUACCACACUUCUGUGGGAGUAAUUCUGCAAACACCUUAGUUCUGUGGAAAUGUUUGGUAAAAAGCCCUUUCUAUUCUGUCAGUCCUAGCGUGAGAAAAAAGCUGACUUUUGCGACGUCAUCAAUGGUUUCCAUUCAGCUAAAUGACGUUUGAGGAACGAGCGCAAAAAUUCCGUACUGACGAUGACUUGUCACUACCUAGUUCUGCAAGUGCACGUAAAAUUUACUUGCGUAAACAAAAUAGAGGCAAUGUAUGAAAGGCCACGCGUAAACGUAAAAGUUGAGCGAGGUUUACGCGUGACCAUCCAUUCAUUGUCUCUAUUUCAUUUACGCGCGCGAUAGUGGAAAUCCACCUUAAAACAAGAGAACGCCUCAAGGCCUGUUUACAUGGAGGUGGGAGACCGCAGAGAGGUGGAGUAACCCUCCUGUCCAUAUAAUCUGUCAUUUUAAUUUGAUCACGUUUUCAUGAGAGGUGGGGUGACCCGUCACAUAUUACCUCAACUAUCUGGGGUCCCCCACCUCCAUGUAAACAAGCCCUUUAGACGUUUGACCGUGGUGGUUCCUGGGAACAGGCACCUUAGUGUCCCCCUCCUCAGUCCCCCACUAAUUUUGCUCUCCGUUAUUCGCCCUCUUUCCUCACCAAGGAGCCUGUUUCUAGGCCAGCCAAAGUCAAGGUCCCCAUGAACAGGGAAAAAUCGGUGAACCUUUUUCUUUUCGUUGUAAUUAUUGGCAAGACUUUGACCCGUAACUGUACUGUUAUAUUUGAUUCUCCAGGUUCUUGGGAUACUUAAAGAUCCGUGCUUCGAUAAGCUGUCAGUAGUUGCUAUGGAAACAAUAAUGAUAUCACACAUAUGUUUUCCUCUUGAGUCAGACGAAUACGAACAGGUUUGAAAAAUACAUGUAACAGGCGAACCCUUCUAGUGAUUAUUACCAAAUUUCUCCCUCUAGUAUCGAGGCUUAAUCAGUCACAGAGGUCAUGAAAUUACAGUCAAACCAGGAAAACCGUGAAAACCAGAAAUAUUUCUGGAGUGUUAUUGUCUUGCAAAGGAAAAGCCAAUCAGGCUUGAGAAAACUAAUCCUCAAGCAAGAACGUCAAUUAGUUUGGUUUUGUGGCCAGUUUGCAUGUCCUGAUCUUUACUGUGAUUGGUUAUAACACAAUAAACAUUCCUGAGAUAUUUCACUUGUUCACAGUUUUCCCGGUCGCACUGUAAGUAUAUGAUCACAUAGGAAUAAUUCGCCCCGAUAUUUUAACAAAUUCUUCCGACUAUUUCCACAAGAAACGUAGGAGGUAAGAAAGGAAAUUUUUUGCUAAAUAACGAGUGUUACACCCCUUGCAAGCAGACACUUGAAUGGUCAUGGUCCAACCGACACCUCCUAUUAAAACGGGCUUUUUGAUCCUGUGUGUCCACUUCUGGGAGGUUCGACUGUAUUAUGAAACUCUAGAGUCGUUUGUGGUUUAUGGUUUUGUUUUGUUCACAAAAUGGUUAUCAUUCAUAAAAGUGGGCCCCAGUUGAAAACUCAAAAGUUUAUAUUUCUUUGACUUGCACUUUAGUGAAAAAUAAAGGAAAUCUUCUUUAAGAGAUUUCUCCGACUAUAAUCAAUGGUCGAUCGUUUCAGUCAAUCCGAUUAUUACCAAUUAUCGAUUGAGAAAUCUCAGCCGAUUCCCAACACUAUUUAAGACCCCUGUUGUUGGUCCAUCCGCGCUUUGGGCCAGCAACUUCCCGCUCUGCAAAUCAGCGAUUCUUCGUCUGGGGGAAACGGGUACUUCCUUGAGCAAGAUGAAGUGCCAGCGUGUCAUUUAAGAGCUCUGGUUAUCAUGAGACAGGGUAUUAAGCAAACAAGCUGCAGAGUGCUUUCACAUACUUUUUUGAAUGCUCUGUAUUGGUGGGAAGUGGCUGAAUUUAGUUGAUAUUUCCUGAAUCAUGCCACUUCUUGACUCCGUAAAUACCAUUCACUAUAUCCACCUCAAAUUUCAUGAGUUAGUAUCUUUGAAUGAUCUCUUUUUAUCUUUACAGAAAGUAAAAGAAGAAGAAACAGUUUUAAACAAGAUUUUGUUUCUUUAUAUGCACUCUUAUCCCGACACGCCUCUCGGUAAGUUGCUCUGUCUUUUCUUCGGCUUCUUUAUUAUAUAUUGGAAGAAAAUGUUAAAAAUACCAGCAUUUAGAGUAGUUACCCACUCAAGUUUAUUUGGAAUGGCACUGAAGCAUUACUAAGCGCGAUAUAAAGUAAUUAACCCUUUAAGCCCUAAGAGUGAUCAGCAUCAAAUUUGUCCUUGUAAUAUCAAUGCUUUGUAAAACAGAGUGGUCAUGAGAAUUACAGACAUGAUCACACAAGAUUAAUUUGCUUGAUAUUUUAUCAACUUCUCCCCACUACCUCUGUAGGAAAUGAAUAGGGGCAACAAAUGAGAAUUCAAAUUUUGCCUUCUCAGGGUUUAAAGUGUUAAUACAUUAGGAUGUUGUAUCCGUUGCAUUUUAAUUUCUAAAGUGCUCGAAUGAACACAAAAAUGUUGUAUAUAUAAGAUAUUUAAUCUUAUCGCGGAAACGAGUUCCCCCAAAACAGGAAAAUCACCUGUCUGCAACUCUCCGAAAAAUUCUUUGCAAACGGUAACUUCCUUUUUACUUAUUCAGUCUGAAUAUAACCGCGUUUAUUUUCUGUCAUUGUGGUCGUUGAUUUGACUUUUCUUAAGAGCAAAGUAUAAAAGUUAAAUGAUGCUUUUUACCACGGUACAAAGAUAUGCUAUAACUAAUGAUAAAAAUCCUCAUCAUAAAAACUAUAUAUAAAAGUACAGCAGAUAAAGGAAAGCUAUAGGGGGAAACUGAAUUCCCAUAUAAAAACUGCUCACCAAAUAAAUACACGUACAAUGAAAAUUUUUGAAUUUGGUCUCCAAACUGUAUGAACAGUAAAGCAUUGAAAUAGUUAUUCGCCGCGCUACCGAGGCAGAUAAAUGCACGGUUAGUUUGAAUUGAAGAUGCUCAUGUCUUGUUAAUGAUCUCCUUGGUGAUUAUCAUUCAGAUUAAAUCCAAUGUGAAUAGACCCUGAAUAGGGCAGUUUCUAAAAAAAAAAACAACAACAAACAAAAAAAUUGAAUUGUUAAUCCCUAAAUCUCAAUGCGAUUUCUUUUGUUUUACACCCCUCAGCCUCUGAAACAUGUCUGAAUUUUGAUAAAAUGGCCAGUUUUUGAAAGUGGAAAUGAUCCUCGCUUUGAAUAAACAACCCUAACGGUUGAAAAAGAACCUGAAAAAAAUUCAGGCCAGUUUGUUGAUAUGUUCAAAUUUCAGUGUAUGUAGUAUUUAACAUUAUAACUGGGUAAGCUUCUGAAGAAACUGAUAUACAGCCUUGCGUGGAGAACGAAACACUAAAUUUUGGUUUAUGAACGGAGUUGAAAAACUACUGUAUUGAAUGGGCCGGUGUAAGUGGAAGCUUUCCACGGUGGCCAAUGUGCUUUAUCAAAGCAACCGCCAUAGUCGAUGGAGCUCCGCUACAGGGCGCGUAAGAAAGUUUCCCCGCUGAAUUUUGAAGACUUAAUUAAUCUGAAAGAGCUGUUGGACAUUUUUUAUUAGAAUAGAUGUAAUAACAACAAAUACAUUGCUUCUCUUUUCGCAAAUUGCACCUUAGAGUGAUUUUACUUAACCCGUGAAAUAGGUAGUAGAAUACUACUCGCUAUUAUGCACUAAUUCUAUUGUCUUCUUUUGUUUAUUUGUAGCUAUUUUGCACUAGUUGUUAUUAACUGUUUCACGGGUCAAGUAAAGUCGCUCUAUUAGAUUUUUUUCUUAUCACAUAUUGCAAUUUCGACUUGACAUAACUUUUGCGACAUGUUAAUCAAUAAAUGCCCCGAAACUUUAAUUGUUUUAUUUCACAGGAUGAAGUUUUUGGCGAAACAUUAAAGUUGGUGUCACAAAAAGUAGUUCAGUUUGAUGACUUGCGUCUCUUUUUUUGGCAGGUGCUGUGUUGCAAAAGUGUUCAAGUUUGGAAUUCCAAUCCCCGUUUAUUCCACCUUCCGAGGGUUUCCUAAGGUGUGAAAAUUGUUUUAAAUUUCCUAGGUUUAUUGUUGACUGGCACAAGAUAAAGAUCCCGUCCAUACGUAUCCAUUUUUGCAUGAAAACGGAUGUUUUUUUUGUCCAGUUUGGCCUAUCGUCUACACGUAUCCGGUGGUAUCCGUUUUGCUGUACUCUUGUGGUUGGAUGAAAACGGAGGGUUUUCAAAACGAUUACGUCAAUGUGUUGGAAAAUAUAUGGCAAGUAAAUGCGGAUACUCCCCUCAAACAUGGUACUGUCAUGUUUUCAGUCUCUAGUGCGUUUUCGUGUGGACGCGGAUUUUUUUGAAAACGGGGAGAAAAAUUUCCGUGUUCAAACAAAAAGGGAUACGUGAGGACGGGGCCCAAGUCUCUUUUCUCAUAAAUAAAAGGACCAACCGAACAAGUAACAGUGUGAACCGAUAAAUACUUAAGAUGAAGACUUAAUAUAAGGUAAACAGCUGCUAGUUAGAAUCUAUUAAAAUAAACCUUUUGGUUUAUAGUUUUUCAGCAAGAGCAUCCACAACCCAGCAACAUGCACAACAGGUGAGGAAUUUUCAGUGGUAUAUUUCACCUUAUUUCACUUUCGGGAUCGUUUGAGAAGAUAAAACCAAUUAGAGACCUUUCAAAUAGUUUGCCUGUGGUAACCCGCGCCCUGUUAAAAAUAAUGUUGGUUAUUCAAACGAUCGAAUCAGUAUGAGAUAUUGAACAUAGUUUCCUUGAAACCAACAAUAACAACGGUGUUUGUCUUCUUGUUAGUUAUCCUUAAAUUAAGAAGUAAUUUCGGAGCCACAUGCUGUGAGAUGCUGAUUUCCCUUUUGUUGUGUUUUGGUCUUUUGUUUUGUUUCUUUUCUGUUUGUUUAAUUGUUGCCUAGAGGCCAUAACCUAGAGCAAAACUUGGUCAUUUUAUUAUGCAUGAAAAUUCUGAACUUGACAGUCACCUCACCCCCCCCCACCCCCCCCUUCUUCUACCACUCUUGUUUUUUGCCUCCUAUUAUUUUGGCGGGGGUAUGAACAAGUAUUAUACUCCCUUUAACUUAAUAUAUUUUUUGUUCCCUUUGUGUGUUUUUUUGUCUUUUUUUGUGUUUUUUUCUUGUGUUUUUACUUGUGGCGUACGACGCAUAACCCAUGUCAAACUUUUGUCAUUUUAUUUUUACUAAAAAUUUUGGCCUUGCCCCUCCCCCCCCCCCCCCCCUCCCCCCGCCUCUUCUCCCAUGUUUUGUCUUUUCAGCAAUAUUUGUUGGGGGAGGGUGAAGGUAGGAGACACAACGUAUUUGCACUACAAUUUUUCUUCAAUGUUCUUUUGUUUAUUUAUUUAUUUAUUUAUUUAUUUAUUUAUUUAUUUAUUAGUUUGCCUUUUUAGUCCCUUUUAAUUGUUUCCUUGCUUUGUAGCCAUAAACUAUAUUUGUCACAACCUGUUACCUAAAGGUUCUUAAGUUAAUGUUUUAAUUCCUUAAAGGAGAAUUAUUGCCCACUGGGCAUAAUUCCCUCCCCCCGCCCCCUCCUGUUUUGAAGAUGAUCUGUGUACAGACAAUAUAUCAUACGUGAAUGGUGAAUAAGUUUUUGUAAAUCCCGAUGUGUUGCUUUACAGGCCAGCAAGUUCCUAAUCUCUGAGGUCCACUCCGUUCUUGCGAGAUUCCUGAAAGAAUGUGAUGCAGAUCAGCUGGUGAGGAUAUUAUCUUAUCAAAUUCAAACCGCCUUCUCGAAAGCUGAGUAAAUACAUCAGCGCUCGUAAGAACAUGAACGUUGCAGUUGACGAAGAUGAGUGGAUAGUGAUAGAUACUAUUCAUAGCGGUAUGUGUACGAUAGGGCUUGUAUAUCGUUUGUUUCAUAAUAGUCACUUUGCUAUCGAUCACGACGUUUACGAGCGCAUACUACUGACUGGUCUUCAUCAGGUGAUGGGACUUACCGCCGUGGUUGCUGGUGAUUGGUGCAUUACGAAACUCAUUUAGAAUGAGAGUUUUCGUGCUUGUCGAGUCCAAGAAAAAUUCCUCUUACUUGUGGUUGUAGUUUGUAUUAAUCUAUCCUUUUUUAAAGAAAAUUAUAGAACGUUUUAACGUUUAGACACAACUCUUAGAUUAUUCUUACUUUCCCUUAGUACUGCGUGUUUCUCUACACUUUGCUAAAUUAGUUUUUGGCGCGCACAUCGUUCAUUCCAACGUCUUGGCUAACAGUUAAAAGCUGACGGUAGAGUAUUGCUGUAUUCACACAGAUCAUGAUAUUCCCAGUCUUAGUUCAUUACAUUGGACAGUUCUUUGAAGAUUCCGCCGUGUGUAGGGCGUUGCUGGACGGGUGAGUUGUUUUUAAUUCGAUGUAGUCUUCUCAGCAGCCGUUGAUUCAGAUAUGUCCAGGAUGGCGAAAGCAUGAGAUUCAUGCUUUUAGACAUCACGAAGUAUUCCUUAGCCCUAAUCCUCACCAGAACGCAAGCAAUUUGUUUUUUGUCUACAUGAAGUCACAUGGAAAUUAGAGAUCACUUUGUCUAAAUAUGAAGUACCUUAGUUCAGAACGAGGCAAAUGAUCACGAUGGUCAAUUAAGGAUUUAUUACAUGGCCGAGAGAGAAGGUUUUUUGGCGGAACCAACACAUGAAAACCCGAGCGGGGAAGAUGGGCCCAUUUUGCCCACUUGCGGUUUCAGUCGUGUGAUAAUAGGACCAUUUCUACGAGGAAAAAUGAGACGCGUCUUAAAUAAGACGCGAACUUUCCGUCCAAACGGCACAUUUCGUCUAAAAUUAGACGCGACUUAGCUAAGACGCGUCUUAUUUUAGAACAGCCCUUAACACCUGUUCUUAGAUAAGACGCGAACGCAUAGAACGCAUGCGUUACUUUUUGGUGCUCCACGUUGGAUUGCCAUUGCUACCGGCAACAUUCACAUGAAAACGAGUCAAGAACAGAAAUAAGACGCGAACCAUUUAUACGAGCUGUUCUCGUCUUAGAUAAGACAUGCUCGUCUUAUUUAAGACGCGUCUUAUGUAAGAUGCGUCUUAUUUUUCCUCGUAUAAAUGGCCCUAUUAUAGGGAGUUUAAGCAACAACGUUUUUGAGCGAAAAACGUCAAUCGGAAGUGGACUUUUUGCACUCUUCAGCCGUAUUUUUGAACAAAUUCGUGGGCAAAACGUCUGUUUAAGAGUAAAGACACUUAGCAGUAUAAAUUUGGUAGCGUCAAGAUAAAUCAAAAGAGAAAAACGCUUACUUCCGGUUGACGUUCAUCGCUCAAAAACGUUGCUGCUUUAACUCCCUAAUGACUGGUAUUAAGCUCUUCUGUCUCCACCCCAGAUAUUUCUGAAACCUAAAGGAGCCUUGUGUUUUUGUUUCCUUCACUGCAGCUGAUAAUAUCUCUUGUUUACUUUCUUCUUAGUUUGUACAUUAUUUUAUAUCGCGUUGAAGAAAUGCACAUGCAAGGAGAUGACGGGUAAGAACUUAACUUCAGUUAACUUUCUUACGACAACAAAUUUCAACUGUGUAAUUAGAGUAGUGUUUUCCUCUGGUGCUGUUUUUUAUGCCAGACAGGGUUUUUCUAACUUUACAGUCUGAAAGAAAUUCUGAAGUGUGAUCAGUACUUUCCUGUGGUAGUGCUUAUUAUGCUGUACAAAGGGUUCUACCUUGGAUAAAAUCUUAAAGUGUGACCUUUCAGAUGAAAGCUGCUGGGCAAUACUUUCCUGUGGUGUUGUUUAUUGUGCGACACAAAGUGAUUCUAGCUGCUAUCUUUGGAUCAAAUAGUUCAAUUCUACAUUCAUUCUACAUUCAUACAUUCCAUGGUACAUUUUUUUUUACACUUCAGAAGCAGGCUUUUAGCCAGGCGGCCGUCCAGCCGUCCAAAGGACGGCCAGUUCUCAGAACUGGGAGAUUUUCGACGGCCUGUUUUGGGCCAUUUACGAACUUCUGUGCUUAAUGUAACAAAACAGUGUCUAUAAAUUACUAAAACUUACAUUUCUUUUUGCUCUCAAGAGUUGUUUUAGUGUUGCUGUCGUAUUUUUCUUCUAUAUUAACACUUUUUUAGCGAGUUUCCUUUCUGUUUUGAUCAAAUGAAUCAAAGUUGAGCGAAGCGAUUUCACAGGCAAAGCCGCUGUUCAGUGAUAUUGACUUACCAAGUCGUCCCCAGGCUACUUUGCCGUCUGCUAUAAAUAAAUACGCACGUUGGUUGGCAAUACAGAAGCUGAGAGGGUCUUUAGCUGUCAAAAUCGGAUCAAGACGAAAUCCAGGAUGCUGCUCAACAUCACUCAAUUGGACAAGCUGAUCAGGCUAAGCUACGCCGGGAUUCCAAUUGAAGACGUCGACUACGAGGCAGCUAGAGUAAUUUUCGACCGCCAACCGCGAAGAAUAUAAAAUCCAAAUAACGCGCAAUUUAGGCCCAUAAGCAGUUCGACAGUUCGACAGUUUAGGCCUUAUAUUGGUUUAUUAAACUGACUUACAGUUGUAAUUGAGUAGAUUUGUUUUCUGUGAAAAGGUCUUAGGCUUUGCGCUACCAAUUGUCUGAAUGUAAAUAAUGACUACACAACACAUAAAUUAAAGUUCUUUACUGAAAAUAAUAAAAGAUGUUGCAUUUCUGAGAUUGGGAGACUGGCACUUGUAGACUAGAAUGCAGUUCGACCAAUAAAGCCACGCAUAUCUGUUCUUUCGUGUAAAUCAUGGCUUGACAACUUCAAAUUUCAAUCACUCUUCAUAACAACUGGAGUUCCUGUCCCAAAUAUAAUUCAGUGUUAAACAAGGUAAGUUGAGGAAAGGAUAGCUUAGUAAAGCUUUCAAGGAAAAACAGCGGUUUAAUAGGUAAAUUGAAAGACGUUUACAGCUGUCAGAAUUGCGGAAAUCACGUCUAAGAGGCUUCAAUUUUUCAAAAUUUUCUGGGGGAGCAUGCCCCCAGACCCCCCUAGGAGCAUGGCGCUGCAGGCGCCAUGCUAUGUGGGCCUUUGGCCCACAUAAAAUUUGGACUCCCACUUUCAAAACCCUGGCUAAAAGCCUGUUCAGAAGGUGUUUCUACUGUCAUUUUCUUUUGUGGCUGAACAUUCACGUGAAAGCAGAAAAGCAGUGCCUUUGUGGAGUAUUGUUUCGUUACUGUAUUUUCGGUGCUCUUGUCCUAAAUUUUGGGUCUAUGAAUUUAAACCUAAAGUGGUCGUGAACAACACAAAUUAAGUCGUUGAGCAGACCUUUCCUGUGGUACUGUGUUGGUGAUUUAACGUUGUAUGCUUUCUUUCUUUUUGAACCUGAUUCCGUGUUUGACUGUCACUUCUACAUUUGCAGAGAGGAGCCGUUACAUUCAUUGGUGCAGUCGUAUUUUGAUUUCGCCUUGUUGAGCCUCACUGAAGUUAUCAGCACCAAGGUCAGGCUUAGGUCACUUGGUACGAUGGCCGUUAGUUUAACAGUUACCCUUUUCCGCCCAUAUUCAGUAUUUUAACUGUUUUCAUGAUGGCGGCCGCGAUCAAUGUACCUCAGGGUCGCGCUUCCGUUAAAAAGAGGCUUCUGUGCCUUGUAAGCUCAGUUGGGAGAGCGCCGGUCUGCUGAGCGGGAGGACGCGGGUUCAAACCCCUGCCGGACCAACACUCAGAGUCUUUAAAUAACUCAGGAGAAAGUGCUGCCUUUGCAGUGACAUCUGCAAACGGUUAGACUUUCUUACUCUAGUCUUCUCGAAUAAGGACGAAAAACCCGUGGGUCCCGUCUCACAGCGCUUUCUCUCAUCUGGUUCUUAUGGGACGUAAAAGAACCCACCCCACUGUGGUGGUGUCACCAACCUCUCCUGGGCCGGGUGGGUCAUAAGUAAGAGUCCCCCUCUGUUGUGUGUCCCGCACCAUAUGGUGGGGGAAGUGAUAAACUAACUUAACAAAGUUUCGCUAUUAACUUAAAAGUUGCAGCGCCAGUUGGUACAUUUUCAUACAUUGCCUUCUGCUGUUGUUCCCUUGCUAUUUUUGUUCUGUGGUCGUGAACUUUUUGUGCGUUAAAACUCUCCCACAGGAACUAGAGAUACAGUUGGUGCGAGAAGUACUUGAAGUGUUUAUCAGAGUGUGCAUUUUUGUGGAUCAACCCACGUUCCUUGGGUUUGUGUUUAGAGCCAUCAGUAGCAGACUAGAUUACGUGAGUACUGUUUUGCCUGGUUCUCGGCCAUAUUCCGCCAGUCUACCUGCCAGUAUCACCUAGAGUUACAGUACUAGGCACCUUACGAUCGGACAGGGGCGACGUCAAUAAAAACGUCAAUAAAAAGUAGACUGAGCAUUCUCGCAAACUUUCUUGCGAUUCUUCUAAUUCACCUUGUUACUUGAAUGAAAGCAAAUUAGGUUGGAGCUGAAGUGAUGAGACCGCGUUCAAGUUCAAACAGAGCUAGUAAUAGUUCCCGUUCUCAAGUAACCUUAAAGUUGGUCAUUUACGGCGUUUUUUGUGCAGGGACGGCAAAGACAUUUGCAAAAACGCGUGAUGCACUUGGGGAAUUAUUGUUUUUCGUAUUAAACCUGUUGUUUUUUUUACUUUCCCGUUACUGUCGCCGCCGUAGUUUCGUAAGGUCCCUACUAUUGCGACAUAUGAGAACAUACGCCGACGGCAACAUAAAUUACCAAGAUUACAUUUUUAUUGAUCUCACCAGCAGGGGGUUAUGAAAUCAUUAUCGCGGGCCUGUUUAACGUCAUUUCCAUUUCUCACAAGAGCGUUUGUUCGACGUAGCUAGAUGACUGAGGUCGCUGUUUUUGUGAGGCGCGUCCUGUAAUCUUAAAGGGUGGCUUCGUCAAAAGCGUCCUCCGCGGUUGUUACUCAUGAAAGAUAGUAACUUCUAAGCUCAGUACGUUGUGCAUCAUGCCGUGAGUGUGGUCCAAGGGUAGAGUCGAGUCUGGGGCACUUAACGUAUCCCCCCCCCCCGAAUCUCCAUUAAAGCAACAGAUAAAAAAGGAACACCUCACCUCCACAUGUAGACCGCGAGCAGACUCUCUUUUUCAAUAGUCUCUUGGUGUGGAAGAAGGGUCCAAUCACCAAAUGACGUCAUACAAAAGACUGAAAAGGCACUGAACAAACCCACACCACAACUCAGUACCUAACCAACAAUAGUUUCCGCAACACCAAGAAACACCCCUUUUCUUAAGGUGAUAUUACACGAGACGAUUCUCAACGACGAUGCUUAGCGCAACACACCGUUGCAACAUUAUUGCGACGUUGUUUCGAGUUGUUCCAACAUUGUUCCAACAUUGCAACGCUGUGUUGUGCUAAAAAUCGUCGUUGCGUAUCGUCCCAUGUAACAUCACCUUUAGACCGUCGAGCGAAACGCGCGAGAGGAGAAAAUGGCCAUCCCGCGACUUUGCCGUUUGCGUGCCACAUCGUAUGUGACUGAGUUUUCUCUUUGCCUUAUGUAUUAGCUGAGUUUUGUUUGUGAUGUUGACAGGAACCUGACCUUGUUCGUUUAAUGAGCGAGGAGGAGGGUAGUAACAGAUUGAAUGAUACGCCCGACUUAUUGAUUUUGUCCAAUGAUAUCCCCGCCAGUCCAGCUGAGGAGCUGGUUAUAACAGGAGAAGAUGAAGAUGAUCCAGGUCAGUAUAUACUGUAUUCUCAUUGGGGUCAUCCACAAGCAGUGCCUGUAAUACCAAUAAGAUAUGGGAGACUCAGGCUGAGGCGGCAGGAGCAGGGGGCUCCUGGAAGAGAGUUAGUUCAUUGGUGGGUGGGGCGCAUAAAGAAAUGUACGAAACACCGAAAAGCCCGAGCACGCGAUUAUGAACAGAAACUGACCUAUAUAAGAAACCUGUAAUGUACAAACCUCUAUUUUUUUUUGUACCUGGUAUUCAUGAUUUUUACUGGUCGGGGUCAACCCAAGAUCCAACACUCCUCACUGUUUGUACUUGUUCUUUUGCCUGUAUUGGUGUUUUUGAUACAUUGUCCUGUUAAAUGACUGUACUGGCCCCGGUUGUUCAAACGUUGGAUAGCGCUAUGCACCCGAUUAAUCAUUUUCCAGCGCGUAAGUAUUCGGGAAACUAAUUGCACUAUCCACUGGAUAGAGAUUUAUCCGGUGGAUAGCGUCUAUCCAGCCUUUGAACAACCGUGGCCUGGUCUACGAAGUAAGAAGCGAACCCAUUGGUUCCUCCAGAAGUCUUGUGUUCGCCAUUUGAAACCUGCACUUAUUGUAUUUAUUGGCUGUGAGAAAAACGCUUAAAAAGAUGUUCUUAACAAGACUUCUUGUUUACGGGACUACUUCACACAAUUAAGCACAAUUUUGUUGCAUAGAAAAUGGUCAUUAUUGACUAAAAGGCCCGAUAAACUUGCUUAAAAUUAUGUAACAAUAGAAAGUGAAUACAAGAAUCCCACAAAGAAGGCGCGUGAAUGGCAAUUAGUCAACAAAGCUCAUACGAUGUGCAUCAAUGUAAAUAGUGAGACCCCAGUGCGGUUUGUCAACUUGAUCUCAGUUUUCAUGAGAGUGUGACCUUAACUUAUAACGCGCGGGAGCUAUUCCAUAUUUCCUUUUCUGUUUUUUUCCUUUUUCUACUGGCAUUGAAGUUCCUUGAAUCCGGUCCGGCUGUGCUGUAACUAAGGUCGUUCAACAGCAGCCAAACCCUCUUGUUGGGGCAACCAAUGGGCAAUGCCCAGUGUCCACAUUAUUGAGGGGUUCGUUUUAAAGAGAUAGAAAUUGUAGGAAGUUUGGUAUCAUUGGCACCAAGAAAACCGUCGGUAACAAGGCGGUGUCCGUAUUUUAGAAGUUCGCUAACGAGGGGUUUGAAUGUUCUUCUUUAAAUGACGACGGGUCAACGACUCGGUUACAGUGUCUCCUUAACUGGAUAUUAAACUGGCAUAAACUGUUUUGUGUUGUUGUUUUUAGACACCGGCCGUUUAAUGCAGGAAUCAGUAGCCUUAGACACCUCUCACGAGAGCAGUCGAGGCACAACACGGCUACCCAGUCCAGAGCUAGGCGCCGACGGUGAUGGGUUUUCCGACUGGGACAGCUGGGAGGGUGAUAACGAGGUACGCAGCUUUAAAUAGAAAUUUUCAUUCAUUUGAAGCAUGUGCAGUAUUGAUGACAGAUUUAAGGUGGCUGAACACAGUUUUGGCAGUUUCUGAGUAUAGGUCAUUUGCCAAAUUAUGGCAAGUGAAAGGUUGCAGCUCACAAGCUGAAACCUGGCAAGUGAAAAAUAUACUGAUGAAAGAUUUUGACUGACAGGUAAAAUUUGACGUUUUUGUAGUUUCCAUGGCAACAUGAACGACUGAAUACAACCUUAAAAUUUCACUUUUACUCAGUUUACAUAAAAUUCGCUCAUUAGAUUUUCUUAUAAACUUGCACACAGCUUACUAUAAUUAAACAUUACUAUUUGAAACUUAUUUGAUCAAAUUUUAACAGAGGGGUUUUUAGAUAAACAAUAAUAUAAUUGUACUGUAAUUAUUAAAUGUGUCACAAAAUUCGUCAGCUCAACUUCCAUUUUAAAGUUCUCAUUAUUUAAAAUACGAUAAAAGUUAAAAUUCUGCCAAAUAUCACAAAGUUUUAAUGAGCAGAUUUUGAGAAAUCGUCUUCUGUAUACCAUUGCUUUUUUCGCCGCCAGGUUUGUUUGUCUAAUUUAAAACACACGCGGGCAAAACUGUUUUCAGCCACCUUAACUUGCUAGCGAGGUCUCUCUCAAAACGCAAACUACUGCAACGUAACUACUGCCCACGAUUUUAUCGCGCGACAACGGUUGGCAUCGAGCUGCAACUCCCAAAUCACGCGUGUAAACAGUGUAAACAGCGAUUUCAGCGUUAUUUGCCGGAUUGUCAAAUCCAAGUUGCCCCAAAGUGAGUGUAGUUUUAGUUUUGUUUAGUUCAGAUUAGAUUUUUUCAUUUAGUGUAACUUCACAGCGACAAUCGUAUGCAAAUGUCAGUUUUCUGUCCUCCAUAAUUUAUUACAAGCAACUGAUUAGUAUUAGUUAAUGUAAAGAGGACACGUGCUGUUGUCCAGUCAUUUGCCUCAUCACGCUACGUUGUUCACAAAAUCGCAGACAGAUCGUACUUAACUCUCUGAUCCGCAAAUACUGCUACCCAUGUCGCGCAACAAUUAAUUCGCCCGUGUAAAUGGCCCCUGGCAAUCUAACAAUUUACCAUCGACUAAGCGUCAGGAGAGGAAAAAUAGAUGGUUUUCAGAUUCUUGUGCUUGAGCUUCUGCUUAAACGUGUGUUGUAAAAGCGCCACAUAAGCAAAGUUUUCAUAUCCCUCAGACAAAAGGCGUCGUGGCUUGUUUGAGGUAAAUGGUAAAACGAAAAAUAAAUACCAAGGCUAGAGGCCACACGUGUAAAUUAUUGUGUUUUUUCUUCUUAUCCCAGAAUGAAACUGCUCUCAUGACGUUGUUCUCGGAGUUUUUGCGCCAGAUUAAUCAAGUUUACAAGUCAAGGAGUCCCGAAGGUAAGAAAUGUUUUAAGUGGAACGGAUGUAGGCUUUUAAACCAAAAUGGUUUGGACUGGUGUGUAAAUUAAAAGCGAAUGUAGAUUAAGUUUUUCGUUUGACAAGAACAGUUCAGUGUCGUGAGAAAGAUUUAUUCGUCGUGUUUGUGUUAUCGUUUAUCACUUGUCUCUCGAUAGCCACUUACUUAUUGAUCGCGGCGUUUCGAUCGUGUACUGCUGUUCUUUAUCUGGCGAUGGUGUCAAUUUACUGAGUGGGACUAUUAGUACCACCGUGGUUAAUAGUGAUUGGCGUAUCACAAACCUCUCAUGGUUGGUGGGUUUGUUCCGGGAAAAACUGAUGGUAUAAUGGUAACUAUAUUUUAACUUACUUUUUUAUCAGGGCAUUCCGUUUUUCAAGAGGAACUGCUAAAGUGCGGAGAUACUGAACAAAAGGCUAUUGCGAAGUAAGUUGAAUUAAAUUACCGAACCCUCCGUCUGAGCCUUCAACAUGAAACAAUUGAAAUGGUCAAUCCUUGGUACUCCUUCCUGAAGCUGACAUGAAAUUGGCCUGUCACUAAAAUUGACUCGGAGGAUUCAAUACGUUAGCUCAUAGCUCGUAGAGGAGACUGGUUAUAAAAGGCGGCAAAGAUCAAAGAGAUCAUUUUACGUUUCUGGAAAACUGCCUACCCACCCCUCCCCUAGGCCAACAUUAACACUUACCUCUCACUUAGGGCAAAAUGUUGGCUUAGUGGAGGGGUAGGUGGGCAGUUUCCCAGAAACAUAAAAUGAUCCCUGCUGCUGCAGUUGCUGUUGGAAGCUCCCUGACGGUGCACAAUCCUUUGCUUUCUGUUCAAAAAUUGUGAAUAAAUUUAUGCGACGUUUUUAUUGGUCAAGAAGAUCAAAAUAAAUGCUAUCGAACGCUGUGCACCAUCAGGUCCACCAAAACAUAUAACAAAGGAGUCUGAUGGGUUUCAAAACCAAUCCACUCUAUUAUCUAAGGUUAGCUGGAUAGCGUAGAUCGAAAUUACUUUUACUCGUUUAGGCCUUAGGCUUGGCGUAAGUCAUCAGAGUCUAUCGACCCAGCUGGAUGAAAACGUUUGGCUCCCAAAAGAGUCUGGCAAAAAGAGGGCCCGGAGAGGUUUAAAAGUAGAAAUAUUAUUAGGAAGUACUUUCCUUUUAACGCAAAGGGUUCCCACAGCAUGAAGAGGGGUAUUUUGGGGUAAUUACGCGGAAGGAAAGCCAAAAGUUUGCUUUUAGUGAUUUUGUCCGAUUCACCGCGAUAAUUUGUUUACCCAUUUUUUUUGUCGUCUUCAUACGUGGCCAAAGACAAACGCAAAGCCCCAAUCCUGUUAGAAAGUACUUUUCAACAUAACUGGAAUAUUUGUUAACGUGUUCAUGGUUAUGUCUUUAAAAAAGGAGAGCACAGGGCUUCUUUGAUUUCUAGUCCCUGUGUCUCGUGUUUUACUCAUUCUAUUAUCCUUAUACUCCCCUUAUUUUUUUCUAUCCUUUCAGCAUAAUGGCGUUCCAAGGGUAACUUCACCGUUUUUCUCCUCAAGUCAGCUAAGUCAUCCUCAUGACGGAUUAAAUAUAGGUUGUGCUUCCAGGGAAAAUUGGUGAAGACAAGUUAUAUUUACUCUAUUUCUAUCAUCGGACGCAGAACGUUUUGCUUUUAAUAAUUUAUUUUUAAAUGUAGCCCGCUUAACAGCUUUUCCUAACGAUGAAGAAACUUUUAGAUCUUGGUAUUUUACUCUUGUGUUGAGGAGUUAUCAAAAAGAUGAUGAUAUUGUGAAAGCGUGUUCUUGUACCUUUUUUCAAUCAAACGCCACCAAGCAAAUUGGUUAGCUAUUGUUGCGGUGGUGUUCCUGGUCCGUCUAUUUUAUUGCGGGAUAAAAAAGACUCAUUAAAAGAGACUGAUUCAUCACUGGUGAGGAGGGAGAAUUAUAUCAUGAACAUAACACCGUACCAGUUCACUGUGC